CACUUGCUCUAUUUCAGUGUUUCAGUGAGCAACAGUCUUUACACUCUCUCUCUCUAAAGUAUUCUUCAUCUCUCUCUUCUCUUUUCUCUUCAGUGUUCAGAAUUCAGAUCCAGAAUAGUUGAGCAGAAUUGGAGAACUGAAAAGAAAUGGAAGAAAUACAGUCCCAAUCGGAUCAUUAUAGGUCUUCGUCUUCUUCGGCAAGUAGUCCAGCGAGUAGGGUGCCAUCAAGUAAUUUCUUCUACUUGAGGAAACCUGGUUCACUUAGACAACCAAUUUCAUUUGAAGAUUCACCUGAUUGGGAAGACACAGAUAUUGAAGUCAGAGUGGACGAAGGAGGUGAUUCCAUCAAUGCUGCAACUACACCAGCCUCCCCUUCCCUGUCAAAGCUUAACAGUGGUUCGUUGCCGUCUCCACCUUUACCAGAUGGGGCAGUUAUUACAAGGAAAAUUGCUGGCGCAUCUAUUGCCUGGAAGGAUUUGACAGUUACAAUAAAGGGAAAACGGAAAUACUCUGAUAAGGUGGUCAAGAGUUCGAAUGGUUAUGCAUUACCUGGUACAAUGACUGUAAUUAUGGGACCUGCCAAGUCAGGGAAAUCAACGCUCUUGAGAGCCCUUUCAGGAAGGUUGCCUGAUUCAGCCAGAAUGUAUGGUGAGGUUUUUGUAAAUGGGACGAAAAUGUGCAUGCCUUAUGGCUCCUAUUGUAUUUGUGUGGUUUUCUUGCUUUGCUGUUUAAAAAUUAAGACUGUGAACAUGCAUGGAAGAUAA